AGUUUGAUGUUAUAGACGCUCUAUACGCUUCGCCUAGUUAAAUUUUGACGUAACAACAAACCAGUGUCACACGAUAGAUAGUAAAUGAUGCCAGAGGUGUCAUCUUUUUAUUGUAUUCUGUUUUCGGCAUUAAGAACCUUCACUUAGUUUUAGUUUACACGAUGCCGCCAAAAAUUUGUCUGUAUAGUGCUGGUGUAGUUUCUGUAUUGUUAUUAAUUGUGUCCAUCGCAUUGGUGUUGUUUCAAGUGUUUCCAAACUUCCUGCACUCAACGAUAAAAAAGGACAUUGUGCUAAAAAAUGGCACGGAUGUAUUUGAAGCCUGGGUGAAUCCAUCGCCCCCGGUCUACAUGCAGUUUUAUUUCUUCAACGUAUCCAACCCAUCGGAGGUGCUGAAAGGGGAGAAUCCGUCAGUGACUGAGGUUGGGCCUUACACCUACAGAGAAAUUCGUCCCAUGGAGCAAGUCACUUUUCUAGAUAAUGGUAAUGAAAUAUCUGCAGUCAAUCCCAAGACCUACAUCUUCGAGCCCAACAUGUCCAGAGGGCUUGAAGAUGACCUCAUCAGGACUGUGAACAUCCCUGCAGUGACUGUAAUGGAGAAGUUUAAGGAUCAUUCCACCAUUAGCAGGCUUAUCUCUGCAUACAUGACAUCAAAAAACGAGGGUCUCUUUGUGACUCGUAAGGUUGGGGAUCUGCUCUGGGGGUACACAGAUGAUCUUCUCAAUUUUCUGCAUACGUUUUCUCCAGAAUUAGAUCCCACUUUUGGCCUGUUCUACAAGAUGAAUGGAACUGAUGAUGGCGAGUACAUAUUCUUUACUGGAAAACAAAACUAUACAGACUUUUCCAGAGUGGCUAAAUGGCACGAUGAAAGCAAUCUGGAAUGGUGGAGUACAGAUCAGUGCAAUAUGAUUAAUGGAACCAAUGCGGCCUCCUUCCAUCCCAUAAUUUCCAAAGACGAGGUGCUCUACAUGUUCUCUUCGGACCUCUGCAGGUCGAUCUAUGCCCUGUUUGAGAAGGAGCUGUAUGUGAUGGACAUUCCCGCGUACAGGUUCACGCCUCCCAGAGAGGUGUUUGCCAAUGCCACUGAAAACCCAGCCAACGCAGGAUUCUGUGUGCCGGCUGGAAACUGCCUGGGAUCUGGCCUGCUCAACGUCAGUGUUUGUAAGCAAGGGGCCCCAAUAAUCAUGUCGUCCCCUCAUUUCUAUCAAGCUGAUAAGAAAUAUGUCGAUGACAUAUUUGGGAUGAAUCCAGUUAAGGAGGAUCAUGAGACUGUUAUCGAUGUCAACCCUCUCACAGGUUUUCUUCUGAGAGCAGCCAAGCGAAUACAAGUAAAUGUGUUUGUUCGUAAAUAUUCAGCUUUCAGCCAGACUGGUAAUGUCAAUGACUUAGUGUUUCCUGUGAUGUAUCUCAAUGAAAGCGUAAUUAUCGACGAAGGGUCGGCCAGGACCGUGAGGGAGGUGGUCACUAAGGGGGCGAUAGUCAUUAACAUCCCCUUCUUCAUAAUGGGACUAGCGAUAUUAAUUGGUGUCAUCUUCAUCAUACUCGUGUGCAAGCAGCGGGCUCCUGAGUCAACUCCGGCAGAACAGGAGCCUCUGCUGAGGUCAUAAUUCCAGCAGCACGAAGAAUCAUAAGACGACAAAAGGCACAAAAUCUGAUGUUUGUAUCGACUGUGUUACUUUAAAACUCUAAUCCAGCUUUUUCAUAACAAACAAUGUUUUUGUUGAAGAAAUCUGCUUUAUUCACCGUCUAACAUGGUUUCAAGGAAUUUUUGCACUAAAGGGAGGCUAAUGUAAGCACAGUGAUGUUAACGUGUAACAUCUGUUGUGUGCUUUGGGAACAUUUUUAGUAAAUGAUUUGAUUCCAUUUUAUAUACUAAUUUAUAGAUGCAUGAUGGAAUUUGUGUAAUGCAAAGUCUGUAUCCUAUGCAUGCGAAGAAGUGUUUUAGCAAAGACUACUCACAGCUGCUAACGUUCCUCUAACCUUCACAGUGAGAUUUUUGAAUAGUCAAUGAGAAUUUCAUUUGUAAAUAUUGUAGCCCUGAGACAGCAUGGAGACCUAGGUCCUUUGGUAGCUCCUCCCUCCUCUGUGUGUGCGCGUGCGUGAGUGUGUGUAUGAGCGCAUCUGUGUGUGUGUGUGAGCGCAUGUGUGCGUGCAUGAGCGCGCGCGUGUGUGUGUGGGUGGGUUGAAGAUAAAUGUAUUUGCAUUGUAGAGACCAAAUUUCCCCACGGUGUGAUAAAAACCUGUUAGUUUGACCUUCUGGAGACAUUUUUUCAGUCUUCCGACUGAAAGAAAAUGCAAUCCGAGAACUAAAAAUGCCAGAAGUCUCAUAUUGUUUGGUUACCUAUGGUUAAGGUUAAGGCUGGUAGAGGUUAUGGUGUCAUAGUUGGGUUUAGGGUUUUUCCUAUUGAGAUGAAUGACCGAUCCCCACAAAGGUGUGUGUGUGUCUGUGGAGUUUGCAUUUUCUGCCUGCAUCUCCAUGGGUUUCCUCCACGUAGCCUGGUGCCCACCCCACCCCAACCCUGUGUGCUAUGCAGGUGACCCUGACCAGGAAAAGCAGUUGGGAGAUAGAUGGACUAUCCAAAGGCCAUCCAACUUCCUCCUGUUUGUUAUUAAAAAAAAAGCGUCACUUCCAUUAAUUAUAUGAAAACUCUCAUCUUGUAGACCAGAUAUGUUCCAUAGUCUUAAAUUGUAAAAUCACAAGGUUUGAUUGUGCUAUUUUCAUCAUAGAUGAACUGAACUGAAAGAAAACAUUCAGAAGACAUUCAGUAUUGACUUAACAGAUUAUACAUUUCAGUUUACUACUUGCACACACAUAAUGCAUAAAUUUACACCUAAGUUCGAUGUUGGGAACUUCAGAUCCAGGAAUGAAAAGUAUCUGAACUUUUGAACUGUCUUUUGUAUACUAAUUGGAAAUAACAAUUUUCAUUUAAGGUGUACUUUGAACCGGUGUGUCAGUGAUGAAGUUUUUAUAUUUGUGUAUUUCUGUGGUAAUUUCUCUUUCCAAGUUAUUGGAGUUUGACUCAACAAACCAUGAUUUAUUGCAUUUAAUAUCUGUGUAUUGAUUCAUUAUGCAAAAUGUCUUCAGCAACAAUAACACAAAAACACUGAAAUAUUAACAGUACUUACAUUGUUAGUGUACAGUUGCCAAAACUAUAUUAUGUACAAAUAAAUAAAAGCUUUGUCUCUGUA